AUGGGAACUCAAAUUCACUACAAAAAACAAGCGGGUCGUUCCCCUCCUCAUUCUGCAUCCCGAUCUCAAGCCCUAGCUCCUCUCCUCCUUCCUCCUCUCCGGCAACGAACUGCCCACCCUUGUCCUCUCCGGCGCCGAGCGACGUCCGACGGAAAGGUCUUCUCCUCCUCCCUCCUCUCCGACGAUGAGCGGCCGACCCUUGUGCUCUCCGGCGCCGAGCGACGUCCGACGGCAAGCUCCGCUCCUCCUUCCUCCUCUCCGGCAUUUUAUUGCAGGUGGGAGGCGGACGUGGUGGGAGGGAGCGGGCAGGGCGGGGAGGAGGAGGAGGAGCGGCUGCCUGUGGUGUUCACGCCGGAGCAGCAGCAGUACGCGCUGGAGCUGGACCAGAAGACGGCCUCCCUAAGGUGCUCGAUCCAGGAUCUACGGCUCCGAAUACCUCCCGCACACAUCUCCCAGCGCCUCCCCCACCUCCACGCUCACACCCUCGCCUCCAACGCCGCCCUCGCCCUCCAACUCAACUCCCACUCCGCCACCCGAGAACAAGCACAAUUAAGAGCUACCACUCUGCAAGAAGAAAAUGCUGCAUAUGAAAAGGCUAUAUCAAACUGCCAGAAGAAAAUUCAGGAGAAGUUGCAUGAGGCUGACCUACUUCAGAGUAAACUGAGGGAAAUGGACCUAAUCGAGAAGGAUUUAAAGGCUGAGCUGGAAAGGGCACUUGCGGCAAAGGAAAUCGAUCAACCUGAAGCAUUAACCACUGAUUCUAAUAGUACGGAAAAUUUACAUUUGGAGAAGGGAUCAUCAGACAGUGUCAAAUUAGAAGAAUUAGAGGAAAAGAAAAGAGAGUUGAAUUUAAUGGAAGUAACGGUCCAGAGAUUGGAGAAUGAGUGGUCACUAGUUCAACAAGAGUCAAUCAAGCAGCCUUCACCAGAGAAAUGGGAACUGUCGUGAUGGGAAAAAUAGAGUCUGGAAGUAUUCGUGAAGGUGACAGCUUGUCGAUCAUGCCCAACAAAUAAUGAGUAUGCUUAUGUUUAUAUUUAUGCUGAAUGAUAAAAGUUAAGAGUACUUUAUAAAUUAGAUAGGCAUAAUGGUGGAAUAUUGGAUGAUCUGUGCUUUGAAUUUUUUUUGCAGCUUCUUUAAUAUUUUUUAUUAUUUUCUUAACUUUUAGCUAUCACCAUCUAAAUGCUUGGUCAUUCUCAAGUUUUAAUUCUGAAACUUCUUGUGGGAAUUUCUGAUCAUUUAUGUAAGAGAAAGAGACAGUUCUUUUGGGUAAUGAUUAUCAGUGUUUCAUGCUUGCUUGCAUUCAAGGCUGUGUUUUAAGCAACAGGCAUGAGUUUAUAACCUGGUGAGUGAGCUUACAAAUCUUGUGGGAUGGCUCUCAAUAUUUGGUCUUAGUUUUCCUGCAUACACAAGUUAGAACUGCAUGUAAAGUCUGAUGAAUUUCAAAAAGGUGAACACAGGUACGUACUUGCCAUGCUUUGUGCAUUUGCAUUAUAUUUUAUUUUAACUCUAGUUUGUACAUGUGACUGGUCAUGCAAAUUUGCAUCUCCUUGUCAAGAUAUCUGCUUGACACUACAAUUUUGAAUUUCUACCCCUUGAUCUUCUUGAGAAUGAAGACUUAUCAACUACAUCUGGGCAGAUGAAGAGGGGUGUUUCUAAAAUGUUAUAUGAUUGAUACAUGCUUUUGAGAACCAAAGGAUACAGUAGCAAGGCCUGUGAUUUUCUAUGGUUCGGAAAAUCCGUGCACACUUGAUAAAGGCUUAUAAUGCUUGUUUGGAUACUUAUAAUCCGUGCUGGAGUUCAUAAAAGGGCGUCAGCCACUGAAACUAUAGAUAUGGUUCAAAAAUACCAGGUUUGCCACUGAAACUUUAGAUUUCUUAAUUUACAUCGUAUUUCUGCACUGCUAAUAUAAUAUCACAUUUUUCACCAUGAAGUGUUUGGAUCUUCUGGACAUUUGGUUCGUUUCUCCUAUCUUAUGUUGAAAACCUGUUUUGUCGGACAUACAUCUAUCAGCAAUUUGGUCAGCCUUCAGCUUCACAUCAAAGUAAAUAUGCUUCCAUUUUAUUGGCUAAUUAGUCACAUAACUAUAGAGCAACACUUGGCUGAAAACAUUUCAUGUUGUAUUUCCCUUUACUUCCCAACCAUAGCCCUAUUAUUGACUGUUUUAGAGGUUAAAAUCUAUUAUCCUAUUAGUGUUAAGCAUUUUCUCGUGCCCCUGACAAUAUAAAAUUUCCAUAUUGCACUAAUUCAUAAUAUGAUAUUGUAAUGCAGGAGUUCAAGAGGUUGUUUAGGGAAGAUGUUAUGGAUUAUGCUACGUGCACAGCUAAUGUCAAGAGGAAACGACCUACUCUAAGAAGUUUGAGAGGUGGAAAAGCUCCAUGGGAUAAAGGUGAAGAUGAUGAGGAUGGAGAAGAUGAUGACAAUGACUGUAUGGGAGGGCCAUGAAGGCUCGACUUUAGAAACCAAAAAGAGCAAUGGCAGCAGGGUUACCAGACAACAACAAUUGUAAUUAUAACUUGUUCAACAUUACUGUAUAUUAUAUGAUUAUAGUGAGAGGGAAGGAUUGGUGUGGGAAUUGUUCAAUAGUAGUGACAAAGUAGUUUGAUUAUAUGACAAUUUAAAUAUUUCGAAUGAUUGGAAUGUUUGUGUCAAUGUAAAUGUAAUACAGGUUCAUAUUGUUUUA